CCCACGUCAAGUCCUGGCCAAGCCCCGGUCCACAGCGCGCUACCGCGCGCCAAAGUGCAGAGCUUGAAGAUGAGCCUGGUUCUAGCGCUGCUGUUCGUGGGCUGCGAACUGCCCUACUUUGCUGCCCGGCUGGCAGCUGCGUGGUCGUCGGGACCGGUGGGAGAGUGGGAUGCUGAGGACUUGGCGGUGGCCCUGCGCCUCGUCGGGGUGGCGAACAGCGCCCUCAAUCCCUUCGUCUACCUCUUCUUCCAGGCGGGAGACUGCCAGCUCGGGCGGCGGCUGCGGAAGCGCCUGGGCGCGGACUGCUGCGUGCGGCGGGGAGUCUCGGAGGACGACGAGGGGCCCCAAGGCCACCAGGCCCCCCACCGCCACCGCUGGCCCCAUCCCCAUUAUCACCACGCUCGGCGGGAGCAGCUGGAGAAGGGCGGCUUGCGCCCCCCGCCGCCACCCCCCUGGCCGCUGCCCUGCUCCUGCGAAAGCGCAUUCUAGGUGGUCCGUGGCCAGAGACGGGUCAUCUGUUGCCGCGGCACAGCCUCUGAUCACAGCGGACCGGAGGGUCUCCGAGAGAGGGACACCGAAGCUGUCCACUUUCUCCAUUCUCCUGAUAUAUAUUUUUUGUAAUGUUUACAUUUUCCUAUAUUCUUCCGGUUCCUUUCAGUUCCUGUUCACAUUUUCCCACUUGGAAACGAGGGAGCAAGCCUUUGGGAAAUUUAAGUUCUCUUUUACGCUCCCAUAGGUUUCUGGGUAACAUCGUCUGUUUUACCGAAACUGCCAAGCUUUUAUUUGCUGGAUUAUCAUCUGUUUUUACUUAUUUUGCGUUGUUUCUAUCAAGUAUACCUUGGGGACCAAUUUGCCUUUCUUUCCAGGAGGAAAAUCCCCACGUUGCUCUCCCCAGGAGCCCGGAAAUUGUACCAGUGGUACUGUGAGAAAUGUAAUUGUGCUGUUACUUCACAGCCACGGAGUAUUCGUAAAAUAACAACACAAUUAGUGCUGUUUUUGUUUUGGUGAGGUGGGGAGUGGUGUGUAGUGUUUUUUUUCAUGGUAGUGUGUUUUCUCAGAAGAAAAUCAGUGUGGGUCUUUAUUUACAACCUAGCUUCCACGGACUUGUCGGAGGGAGACAUAAAAGCUUCCCUUAGUCCCUUUCAAAAAUGCCGAGUUUCAGAAGGCAUUUAUCCCUGAGCUCAGACCAGCCUCUAAGGUGGAGAAAAGAAGUACCAAGUGGUGGGUCCGGCGGGGCUCACUGUCCCAGGUUGGGGAGCCUCAAAAUUUGCAGCUAGGAAGGAAGCUGUAACCUCAGAAUGCUGCACGUACAUGUAAAACUCCUUUUUAAAAAAAUGAAAGCAGUGUCUAUUGGUGUGGAUUGCUGAGAACAAGGUCAAGGAGAUUUCAUUGGUACCCUCCUCGUUAACUGUCCUUGGUUCUCCAGCGUUUAUGAGCAAUAUCUCCACUUGUUUGCCAGUGUCCUUCAGCUGAGAACCUGCAAGCUUUCCAUUAUAGUGUUUCCUGUACAUGCACAAAUGCAAAACUAAGAUGCAGAAAGGGGCAAAGAUUGGUAAAAUUCACUUGCAGAGUCAAUGCUCUCUCAGGUCUUUGUUUCACUGAUAUAGGGGAGGGCAAAAGUAGGUUUACAGUUGUUUCUACGGAAAAUAAUACAAUGAUUAAUAAAUAAUAAUACAAGACACUUGUUUCACACUCACAACUAUAAACCUACUUUUGCCCCACCCUGUAUAUUCCAAACUCUUACAACACAGAGUAGGCAUUCAACACAUUUAUUGAAUAAUUCAUCAUGAGUUCGGCAUAUGAAUAGAAGAUUUACAAAAAGAAAUAUUUGUUAGGCUUAAACUCCAUAUUGGUUUCCAUGGUGGCUGUACCAGUUUACAUUCAUAUCAGCAAUGAAUAGGGUUCCUUUUUCUUCACAACCUCUGCUUGUUGAGAAU